AUGAAAACAUUGCUGUCUAUAUGUGUGGACAGCAAACGAGCGUUUGACUCAACAAAUAUGUUCAGAGCUUUGUCCAAAAAUAACAAUAUGUUUGAUUUGGGAUUCACGACAACAUAUGUGGGCAAAUAUCCGUUCACUUUUGAACACUACCUCUUCAUUAGUAGAGACUUCUGGAAAGUGCAACAAAUUAAAGGACACGACCGCGAGUUCUGUGUCCCAAACCUCGAGAGCCAUCAACACUCG